UUGAAGGGAACCAUGCAUGCUGCGUUCGAAUUCACUUCUAUAGUCUGUUUCGAAUAAAUUAUUGGUUUAUACGUCAGAAAUUCUUGUAGGGAACAUGCUAGAAACUGUCAGUUUGGAAAUGACAUCCUAGUAAGAUGCUUAAAAACUCAAGUCAGUAUGUCUUGUAACGUUUGUCAAAAGAAAUUCUCAUUUUUUACUAAAGAGGUGAGCGAUCUUUCAUUGCGUCGAUCCUUAACGUAGGUUAUGUUACAUUAUUAUAGCGUAAAAUACUUUGUAUAAAGAUUAAGGUUGCUUGUCCAGGUUGUGGUUUUUCAUAUUGUAGUAAGUGCCUCAAAUAUAAGUGUGAUAUUCCAAAUAGGGGAGUAAAAAAAGUCUGUGGACCUUGUUAUAAUAAACGCAAUUCUACAAGGAAAGAAGGUACAAUUAAUGAUAUCGCGAUGUCUCAAGAGCCCCAAGAACCUCUAGCACCGGUGGAUAUUACCAAAAGGUUAGAAGCUUUGGAAAAUCCAGCAAAGCCGCCCAUUGUAAUGUACAAACACACCAAUCACUGGGAUAAAUUUAAGACUGGUUUAGAGCCAAUCGACCAGGAGAUUGUCGAUAGAUUAAGAAAGUUGAAAGAGGAGGACAAAACUACAACUUUAAGCGUAGACGAAAUAAGGAAAAAGCUGGCAUUGUUGAAGGACGAGGAUCCUGGUGCCGGUAAUAGCAAAAUAAAUAUACAUAGAGUGGAUACCAGGACGGAUCAGCAGAAAACCGACGAUUUAAUACAGGAGUAUUUACAACAGUUGGAAUUGCCCUCGGAUAACGAUCCCGUUCGCGAAGUUGAGUCGAGACUGAGAAAGCUGCAAGGUUUGGACGAUACUCGCAAAAAGCAUUCCAGCGAAGCUGACGACGACGAAGAGGAGCACGUAACGAAAAAAUUAAUUGCAAAAGCUCUCGCGGAAGCGGAACUCGAGAAAAAGUACGAAGCAGACGUAGACGAACUGGAGGAAAUGGAAGUCGACGUAGCAAAGCAUACGGAUGAAAACGACAGAGACGAAGUGGAGGAACGGGAGGAGAAGGAGGAGGAGGAGGACGAGGACGAGGAGGAAAAGCCUACGUGCGUAAUGUGCAAUCAGACUCGAAAUCUAGAGAAAUGCUUGGGCUGUUACGGUGAUCUUUAUUGUCCUGUAUGCUACACGGAUAAUCACGACGACUCGGAAAUGCCAACGCACAAAAGAGUACCGGCAACAACGGACCUGAAUUUCUAGUAUCGAGCGUACGAGGCAAAAGUUGUAGAAAGAAAAUGCUUCUUAAGAUUUAAAUACUCCUUGCAUCGUGCACACAGCUGAUAAGAAUAAGAUCUAUCGAGUCUUGUCGAACUGCAAGCCUGAAGUCGACACGCGUGCUUCGUUCAAAAAUAAUUUUAUAACAUUAUUGAAUGAUACGAUGUAGUUCACGACGAAUAUAGGUGCUUUUGUCAAGAU